CACAGUAAUAGUUAGGCGAGCGCCAUGGGGGCUGAUCGAUCGGCUGAUCGUGGUAAACGAGAGUACUAAGACGCCGUUGUUAUACAAAUAGAUCCGCGCGCCUUGUCUUCCAGCUAGAAUUUUGACUCUCCAUCCGCUCUCUUGAACGGCCAUUGCGAUAUCUAGUAGUGUCGAACUUUGGGGUUGCAAAGAUGCUUGGCUCUAAUCUAGCUCGCGCUGUCUUUAAGGGGUGGAGCGUCGUCUGGCUGACUGCGCAUGCUGUUUCUGCAUCUCCUACUCCCUUUUCGCAUGGCGAUCACAGCCUGUUCGACACCCGCAGCUCGAACUGUAGGACUCUGCCAGGCGACGCUGACUGGCCGAGCCAAGCAGACUGGGCACGGCUCAACAGGACCGUUGGUGGCCGGUUGAUUGCCACCGUCCCCCUAGCCUCAGCCUGUCACGACCCGACCUACGACGCGGCGAGGUGUGAUAAGUUGAAGGAAACGUGGCUAAGCUCGGCUGCACACGUCUACGACCCGGCCGAGAUCAUCAACCCUUAUUUCCAGGGCAACACGUGCUCGCCGUUCACGCCGCGAGAGCAGCCCUGCUUGCUGGGAAACUACGCUAGUUACUCUAUCAACGUCUCGAGCAUUAGCGAUAUCCGCGCCGGCCUUCAGUUCGCCAAGAGCAAAAACGUUCGCCUCGUUAUCAAGAAUACAGGCCAUGACCUUCUCGGAAAAUCCACUGGCGCGGGCUCCCUAUCGCUAUGGACCCAGCACCUGAAGACUGUCGAGUUCAUCGACUCGUACAAGGGCGACCUUGAUUACAACGGCACCGCCAUCCGCCUCGGGGCCGGCGUCAAGUUCAACGAGGUGCUGCCCGAGGCGAACCGGCGGGGCGUCCGCCUCGUCACCGGCACCUGCGCCACUGUGGGCGGCGCAGGCGGCUACACCUCCGGCGGUGGUCACGGCAGCCUGACCUCGCAGUACGGCAUGGCCGCCGACUCGGUGCUCGAGUGGGAGGUGGUCACGGUCGACGGCGAGCACCUGGUGGCGACGCCCAAGCGCAACGCGGACCUCUACUGGGCGCUGAGCGGCGGCGGCGCCGGCACCUUCGCCGUCGUGCUGUCCAUGACGACGCGCACGUACGCCGAGACGCCGAUGCAGCUCGCCAGCUUCUCCUUCGGCGCGAGCGACGCCGCCUUCGCCGGCGACGUCGACGCCUUCUGGCGCGCCGUCAACGCCUUCCACGCCAGCCUCGGCCCCGUGACCGACGCCGGCGCCGUCGUCACCUACUUCAUCCGCGACUCGCGGCUGUACGUGUUCGCCGCGGUGAUCCCCGGCGCCGACGUGUCGGCCGUGGCCGCGACGCUGGAGCCCGUCGUCACCGCGCUCGAGGGCGUCGGCGUCGCGCUCAACACGUCGUCGGCCGCCUUCGGCUCGUACUACGACCUGUACCGCACGACGUUCGUGCCGGUGGAGCUGGCGACCGAGUCGGGCCAGCUGUCGGGCGGCCGGCUGGUACCGCGGGCGGUGGUGGAGUCGGCGAGCGGCGUGGCGGCGCUGGGCGAGGCGUUCCGCGGCGCCAACGAGGCCCACUUCGAGGUGGCCUGCGGCGCGGUGAACGCGAACACGCGGCAGGCGCCCACGCCGGCGAACGCGGUGCUGCCGGCCUGGCGGGAGACGCUGCUCACCUGCAUCAUCAUCAAGUUCUGGGACUUCGACGUCAGCUGGGCGCAGAACCUCGAGUACCAGGCGCGCCUGACGCGCGAGGUCAUGCCGCGCAUCCAGGCCGCCAGCCCCGGCGGCGCCGCCUACCUCAACGAGGCCAACUUCGAGGAGCCCGACUGGCAGACCACCUUCUACGGCCCCAACUACCCCCGCCUGCGCCGCAUCAAGGCCAAGUACGACCCCCAGGGCCUGCUGUACGCCCGCACGGCGGUCGGCAGCGAGGCCUGGCGUGAGGAUACGCAGGGCCGCUUGUGUCGGGUGUGAAUGCGCUGACGUUGCUGACUUGCGAUGCUAUACUGUACUAUUCCGGGCUAUGCUAUUCUACUGGGCUGUACAUACUAUUAUUUGUCUCCGGGCUCGGCUGGCGGUAAUUUCGCUCUCGACGCUCCGUCCCCGUAGCCCGUUUGCUCUCCUUGCUGUACCUAUAUUCUCCCUGUAUCACCAUUCCUGUUGUCAGCUAGCCACCGCAACGAUACCCACAUUCUGGGUCAGCUCUAGAUGUUACUAUACCUAGUUUCUUACCUAUAUACCUACCGUAAUGUAGACUUCAGUCCACCAA